GAAAACACAAACAAAUUUUGUUUCAAGUAUGGCUUCCAGAUUUUGUUAUUAGUUAUUCAUAUUAUAAAUAUUAUUAAAGUUGAUUAUCUUUAUUUGGAUUUAUGCUCAAGUUGUUUAGGGUGGGUUUGUGAUGUGCCAAAAAUAUCUCAAGACUAAUAUUGAUUCAAGUGUUGAGAAGUGGAUCUAGUGGGAAGGGUGAACACCCUGCUCUCAAUAACCCAUCUCUGCGGCAAGUGAUGGAUAUACAAGUGUUCAGGUCGAGGAGGUGGCAAGAAUUAUGAUGCUUGGGUGUUUGAAUUAUGGAACGCAUCAUCAGCAAAUAUGUUGUGCUUUUUCUGUAUCUGUGCAUAGUGUCUGUGUGCCCGGAGGAUUGUCCGAGCAAAUGUAGCUGCAAGAGGAGUCCCCAGAGGGACGGUUCGGAUUGGGUCAAGAUCAGGUGUGGGGAUACCGAGAGGUUGACUUACAUCGAGGAUGAUGAUUUCCUGAACAUCGCCAACGAAGUGGUCCAAUUGAAUUUAUCGAGUAAUUAUUUGACCACAUUCACGCCGAAAGUUCAAUUCAUUGCCCUGCAGAAACUUGAUUUAAGCCGAAACCAAUUGACAACAUUACAAAACAACCAAUUCAGUGAAAUACCAAACUUGCAUCGUCUCGACCUGUCCGGAAAUAGUAUUAAGCAUAUAGACACUUUGGCCUUUGCGAAUCUGAAGCACUUGGAAAGGCUGAAGCUGAACCAGAACCAAAUCACCAGCAUAGAGAAGGGCACUUUCAAUCCGUUCAUGAAAUUGAAGCAACUGGACAUAUCAAAUAACCCGUUGAAAUGUGACUGCGCGCUGCUGUGGCUGUUGGACUGGGCGGAUAAAUUGUCCGUGAAACUGAUGUCGAAUCCGAAAUGCGAGACGCCGCAGACGUUCUACGGGAAACCGUUGAGGAAAUUGAAGGUGGGCGUCGAGAUCCAUUGCAAAUCUCCGGCGACGAACCGGGAGAUGCCGAUAGUGGAGCUCAUACCUGAUCAUGGGCAGGUCGUGUUCGAAGGGGAUUCGUUGCGGCUUCAAUGCCGCGCCCCCAGUUCCACGGACAGCUUCGACAUGUUCGAUUCGGAAGCGAAGGAUCGCAUCGAGUGGAUGUGGCUGGACUCGAAUCCGCGACAUCACUUCUUCGAUGUGGACAUUCAGAAUCGUUACCUCGCCGAUAGCGGUCUCAUCGAUAGCUCCCUGAGCAUCGCCAAGCUGAACAGGAAUCACAGCGGCGAUUGGAAUUGCCAGCUGAUAUCGCAGAGAGGUAACCACUCGAGGGGAAUAAGCGUUGUGGUGAUUUCCAACGAAACUAAGUACUGUCCGAUCACGACGACCGUCAAUAAUAAAGGUAAUUAUAUUUGGCCGAGGACGGUGGUCAACAACAGCGUGGCGUUGCCCUGCGAAUCGAUUCAGUUGACCAGCGAGGUGUCGCAGCAGAAGGCCAACUAUUUCUGUUCGACGAAAGGCUACUGGGAGAAUCUCAACACCACGAAAUGUCCGUACAUAUCGGAUACGACGAAGAUCUUGGAGCAAUUCUCCAAGGUCAAUUUGAGUCUUGCCAAGGGAAGCAUUCUCGAGAGUGCCAAACACUUUAAAAACUACACGGCCGAUCUGAAGGUGAUGAAAGACAUCAUGGACUUGGUGUACGCGGCCAGAACGAUAGAGAAUUACAUUGAAUACUUGAGCUUCGAGCAGGAAUUGGGCGGACUCCUUAUCGAUGUUUUGAACAACUUUAUGGAUUUGGGCGAGGAGUAUUUGCUGGACGCUGAUGUCGAGGACAGAUCUUGCGGGAAGAUGGUUGCGGCCAUCGAGAGGAUCGUCAAUUUCACUCCGUCCCCGUUGCUGCACAGAAAUCACGUAGCUCUCGAGCAGUUUAUUCUGAAAAGAGAUUCGUUCACAGGCAUGACUUGCACUUGGUAUCUGAAUUCUCUAGAUGAAGACGAUAAGCUGUUCCAUUGCGUCACGUACAAUCCGUCGGCGACGUCGGUUUCGCAAGAGAGGGACGUCGAGGCUUCGGUUCAGAUACCUCCGAGUUUGUUCUAUCAAUUGCAGGAGCAAGAUGUGGUUCUCGACAAGGUACCGCUCACGCUCUUAGUCACUAUGUUCAGUAGCAGUAAGUUUUUCCCGAAACUUGAGAAGGAAGGACACGAGGUGACCUCGUCGGUGGUCGGCGUUAAGUUGGGCAACGUGACGGUUAGCAAUUUGACGGAACCGGUGUACGUGAUGCUGAAACCCGAAUUGAAAUACCUGUAUGAUUUGAUUCCCCCGACGCCGGUCUGGUGGAAUCCGGCUUUGGACGGAGGUCGAGGUGGAUGGUCUUCAGAGGGAUGCCAGAUAAGUCACGAGAUCCGGGAUAAUCUAGUCUUCAGUUGCAAGCAGUUGGGGUAUUACGGUCUGCUUCAAGAUACAAGUCGUGCCGUUCACAAGCAGACCGGUGCGAAGUUCCGCUUCUCGCAUCCUGCCAUCUACGUGGGAACUUUCGUGCUGUUCGUCUGCUUGCUGUUUUCUAUUUUGAGUUAUCUGUUCGCUUAUCCCGCCAUUCAAAUGCCAAAGAAAACGAAGCACUCCCUGGUGAACACCUGGGUGGCGAUCUCGCUGCUAUGCUUUAUGUACGUGUUCGGGAUUUACCAGACGGAAGAUGUUCGCGUUUGCAAGGUCGUUGGGAUCAGUCUGCACUAUUUGACGCUCUCCUCGCUGCUGUGGAUGUGCGUCGGCGUUAACAGUAUGUACAAGAGGUUGCGGAAGAACGAUGUGAUCGAGUUGCAAGACGACGAGCUGCCUUCGGACGAGCCCAUACAGAAGCCAAUCCUCGGGCUGUAUCUGGUCGGUUGGGGUGUAGCUCUGAUAGUUUGCGGGAUCUCUGGUGCUGUGAAUAUGAAGGAGUACUCGGCACACGCGCGCUGUUUCUUGAGCAGCGCGCCCGCGUUGAGUGCUCUGUACAUACCGUUCGCGAUACUCGUCGUGUUUCUCGGCGUGUUCUUCCUGUUGAUCAGAUGCGCGAUCUACAGCACGGACGCUAACGGACAUUUAAGUGAAGGCACUCAGGCGACGGAGAACGUCGAUCUGGAUUUGCUGGAGCCGAACUUUCCGCACGUGGACAGCAGGAGCGUCCGAAGUGUGUCCAGUAAAACGGCUUCUUCGGAGGUGGAAGACCCCGAGCAUGCGCCCAUGGCUCAGCUCAAGGCCUACGUGAAAUUCCUGUUCAUCUACGUGUUCGCUUGGAUAAGCUGCGCUUUGGCUACAGUCAAACCAUUCAAAGUCGUACCGUUCGAAGAGGAUAUCUUCAGUGUUCUUUACGCCAUUCUAUCGUCGCUGCUCGGGAUCUUCACGAUUUUCUUCUACUGCAUAGCGAGGAACGAUGUGCGCACACAAUGGGUGCUCACCAGUAGAUGGGUGAAGAGGAAAGGGUUCUGUUUCAGGUCGAGGAAUGUAUCGGACACUUCGCAGAACAUGGCCCAAAUACAGAUACAGCCUUUACCGCAGGUGCCGACUACUAUUUCGGACGUGCACAUAAUCUCCAGAUCGAGCUCGAGGUCAUCAGCACAAACCAAGUCCGUCUCGCAUAACAGCAACGUGCUCAAGGCUGCGGCGGAUUUGAACACGACGUCGAUGACCGAACCGUCUGGUACGAAGAUAAACAAUGUUAAUUUGGUGGUGCUCCACAGGCAGCAGUAUCGUAACACGACGGUCGUGCCGAAUCUCAUCGAGAAUCCCACGCAUUCGGCGGAGAUGUUCUACAAUCCGCAUCAGAGCACCGUCGCCAGGAAGUUCUUCAAGAAGCAGAAGCGGAACAUGAUGAAGCGCAACAAUUUGGCGGCGCGAAGAGUAGACUUGAACAGUGAUAACGGAUCCGUGCUAUCUUGCCCCAAGCCCAAGCACAAAGACAAUUCCAGUGUAGACACGAACAUCUACGCGACCAACUCGAAGGUGAACAACACGAACAUCCACGUCGAGAAUGUUCCCAAGAAGUCGCAGAAACAUCGCAACCCGAAUAUCCUGUCGGACAGCUGCGACGAUCUGAACGCUUUGAACAUACCCGUCGAGAAGUUGAUCUUAAACAGCGAUCGCUCCAGACGGAAAGACGAUAAGCCGGUGAGGAACGCGAAGAAGAAACAGAACAACAGCAGCAACAAGAGUUCGAUCAGGGAGAACAAUAUGCGAUCGGUGUCGCAGCAGUGCACGUUGGAGUACAGUUCGGAGGCCAUCUCCGACUCGAUUUUGGACCAGAAGAGUCCGGAGAAGGUGGUGGUGCUUCCGCCGGAGAGCGGCGAGGUCGUCGUGCCUUCACAUGUUCGUCGAGAGAACAGCCCGAACAUGAGCACGCUCACCGAGGAGCCGCAGUUCUACGAGAACGUCAAGCACGAGAACCCGCGCAUCUACGUGAACCCCUCGCACGAGUUCUUCAUGUCGAAGAGGGCGCAGAGCAGAGCGAGCAGCGUCUCGGCAAGCGAAAUCGACGAGCUCUACCAGCAGAUCAAACGCGGUCCAAGGAAGCACCCGGAUUACGAGGGCGGCGGUCUCUCCGACUCGGAGAUAAAUUCCUACUUGGUCGAUAAAUAUCGUGACAAAGAUGAGACUACGGUAUGAAGAAGAAGGAGGAGGAGAAGAAGAAUGCCUUAUAUAUGUAUAUUCGAAAAUAUGUGUAUAUGUAUAC